AUGAAAUUAGCAAAAGCAUUAUAUUUUGUUGCCUUUUUAUUGGCCAUAAAAGUGUUAACCCCAGGAUCUAAUAAUUAUGUUGAAGCUAACCCCCCAAAUUCAGAUAAAGUAGCCAAUGGUGGUGAUCGUACACUUAUUAAAAAAAUUAAAGAUAACAAGGUUGCAUUUAUAUCAACAAUAGCCGCAACAGUAGCACUAGCAAUUGCUACUACACUUGGUGUAAUGCAUUAUAAAAAGAAUGCUAAAGAAAACGAUUCCGAUGAUGAUAUAAAAAUAAUACCCUUAAGUUACCCACAUAAAGACCCAGGCAAACCAAUUAAUUAUGAAGGUAACCCAUUCGCAUAG